AUGCAGCGGAAGCGAUACGGGGAAAAACGUCGAGGAGGCUUCGUAGAUAUGGGGAAGCAGGACCUGCCUCCUGAGCAUGUGCGAAAAAUCAUCAAGGAUCACGGCGACAUGAGCAAUCGCAAGUUCAGAAAUGACAAGCGCGUUCAUUUGGGCGCUCUCAAAUACGUUCCCCAUGCUGUCAUGAAACUGCUCGAAAACAUCCCAUUUCCUUGGGAGCAGGUCCGCGAGGUCCCCGUUCUAUAUCACAUCACUGGCGCCAUUACGUUCGUCAACGAAAUUCCUCGUGUUGCAGAACCGGUAUAUCACGCUCAGUGGAGUAGUAUGUGGUUGGCUAUGCGUCGAGAGAAGCGCGACCGCAGGCAUUUCAAGCGCAUGCGCUUCCCCCCUUUUGAUGACGAGGAGCCGCCGUUGGAUUACGGUGACAACGUCCUAGAUGUCGAGCCGUUGGAAGCAAUUCAACUCGACCUUGAUCCUGACGAGGACGCGCCUAUUCUAGACUGGUUCUACGAUCCCAAGCCCCUCAUUGACACGCCUCAUGUCAACGGCUCCUCUUACAAGUACUGGUCUCUGACCCUGCCGGUCAUGGCCAACCUGUAUCGCCUUGGCCGCACUCUCCUCUCUGACCACACCGACAUCAACUCCAGCUAUCUCUUUGACAAAAAGUCUUUCUUCUCGGCGAAGGCGCUUAACCUCGCGAUACCGGGCGGUCCUAAGUUCGAGCCGUUGUACCGCGAUAUGGAUAACUUUGAUGAGGACUGGAACGAGUUUAACGAUAUUAACAAGGUCAUCAUUCGGCAACAGAUUCGUACCGAGUAUAAAGUUGCCUUCCCCCAUCUUUACAACUCCCUACCGCGCUCCGUACAGAUUGCACCUUACCACACCCCCAAGAAUGUCUACAUUCGGACUGAUGAUCCCGACCUCCCUGCGUUCUACUUCGAUCCCCUCAUUAACCCAAUCUCGUUGCGUGGGGCAGUUUCCAAGAAUAUGCCCCUCGUCUCUCAUGAAGACGAGAUUUUUGGUCCAAAUGGUGCUGAUGACGACGAGUUCGAGCUUCCUGAAGACGUUACGCCAAUCUUGAGCGAGAAGCCGCUUGAGAAUGAUUUGACCGCUGAUGCCAUCGCCCUUUGGUGGGCCCCUGAACCGUACAAUAGACGGUCUGGGCGUAUGCGGCGAGCCCAGGACAUUCCCCUUGUGAAGGGUUGGUAUCUAGAGCACUGUCCCCCGAACCAGCCUGUCAAAGUCCGCGUUUCCUACCAGAAGCUCCUCAAGUGCUACGUCCUCAACGAAUUGAAGACGCGUCCAGAGAAGGCGAUGACCAAGAAGAACUUAUUCAGGCAGCUGAAGGCGACGAAGUUUUUUCAGACCACCAAGUUGGACUGGGUGGAGGCUGGCCUGCAGGUCUGCCGACAGGGUUAUAACAUGCUGAACCUGCUUAUCCAUCGGAAGAACUUAAACUAUCUGCAUCUUGACUACAACAUGAACCUGAAGCCUGUCAAAACACUAACCACCAAAGAGCGGAAGAAGUCGCGUUUUGGAAACGCCUUCCACUUGUGUCGUGAAAUUCUUCGUCUGACCAAACUAGUUGUCGACGCACAUGUUCAGUACCGUUUGGGUAAUGUCGACGCCUUCCAGCUCGCGGACGCUCUCCAGUACAUAUUCGGGCAUGUCGGCGCUCUGACUGGCAUGUAUCGGUACAAGUACAAGCUCAUGAGACAGGUCCGGAUGACGAAGGAUCUCAAGCAUCUGAUCUACUACCGCUUCAAUACGGGACCGGUCGGAAAAGGCCCUGGUGUCGGUUUCUGGGCUCCCGGCUGGCGAGUUUGGCUAUUCUUCAUGCGAGGCAUUGUUCCUUUACUCGAACGCUGGUUGGGUAACCUUCUGGCGCGUCAGUUCGAAGGUCGUAAUAGCAAGGGAAUUGCGAAAACGGUCACCAAGCAGCGCGUUGAGUCACACUACGACUUAGAAUUACGAGCAGCUGUCAUGCACGAUAUCCUGGACAUGAUGCCCGAGUCGAUCAAGCAGAACAAGGCGAAGACCAUUUUGCAGCAUCUCUCGGAGGCUUGGCGGUGCUGGAAGGCUAACAUCCCAUGGAAGGUGCCUGGUAUGCCUACGGCCAUUGAGAACAUUAUUCUUCGUUACAUUAAGAGCAAGGCCGAUUGGUGGACAUCGGUUGCGCAUUACAAUCGAGAGCGUAUCCGACGCGGUGCCACUGUUGAUAAGGCAGUUGUAAAGAAGAACCUUGGCCGUCUAACUCGCCUUUACCUGAAGGCAGAACAAGAGCGGCAGCAUGGAUAUCUCAAGGAUGGACCGUACAUUAGCGCUGAAGAAGCCGUUGCGAUUUAUACUGCAACUGUGCAUUGGUUAGAAAGCCGGAAAUUUGCACCCAUUCCUUUCCCGCCACUCUCGUACAAGCAUGACACGAAAUUGCUGGUCUUGGCACUGGAGAAACUGAAAGAGGCGUACUCUGUGAAGGGUCGUCUUAAUCAGUCCCAGCGAGAGGAACUGGCACUCAUCGAGCAGGCCUACGACAACCCUCAUGAGUGCUUGUCGCGAAUCAAACGCCUCCUCCUGACUCAGCGUGCGUUCAAGGAAUCUGGAAUCGAGUUUUUCGACACGUACGACAAGCUAAUUCCCUGCUACGAUAUUGAGCCUGUCGAGAAGAUCACGGACGCGUACCUUGACCAGUUUUUGUUCUUCGAGGCAGACAAGCGUGGAUUGUUCCCUGCUUGGAUCAAGCCCGCAGACACGGAACCUCCUCCUCUUCUGGUUUACAAAUGGUGUCAAGGCAUCAACAACCUCACAGAUAUUUGGGAGACCAGCGAAGGUGAAUGCAACGUGAUGAUGGAGACAGUUUUGUCCAAGGUUUACGACAAAAUCGAUCUCACUCUCCUCAAUCGGCUCUUGCGUCUCAUUCUCGACCACAACCUUGCCGAUUAUAUCACCGCGAAGAAUAAUACGGUCCUCACCUACAAGGACAUGGCGCACACAAAUGCGUAUGGCCUGAUCCGUGGAUUGCAGUUCUCUGCUUUCGUUUUCCAGUACUAUGGUCUUGUGCUCGAUAUUUUGAUCCUCGGCUUGCAGCGUGCUAGUGAAAUGGCAGGCCCUCCUCAAAUGCCGAACAACUUCCUCCAGUACCGCGACUCUGCAACGGAGACCCGCCACCCUAUUCGCCUAUACUCCCGUUAUGUCGACCGCUUGCAUGUCCUAUUCCGCUUUACAGCGGAUGAGGCUCGUGAUCUCAUCCAACGUUACCUCAGUGCGAACCCUGAUCCCACCAACAACAACGUCAUCGGCUACAACAAUAAACGUUGCUGGCCAAGGGACUGUCGCAUGCGUCUCAUCAAGCACGAUGUCAACCUCGGUCGCGCGGUAUUUUGGAAUGUCAAACAAAGUUUGCCAAGAUCUCUCACGACGAUUGAAUGGGAAGAUACAUUCGUUAGCGUCUAUUCGAAGAAUAACCCUCAGCUUCUGUUCUCCAUGUGUGGCUUUGAGGUUCGUAUCCUCCCGAAGAUCAGGACGAUGGGAGGAGAGCAGUUUUCGUUGAAGGAUGCUGUAUGGAACUUGACGAAUGAGCAGACGAAAGAGAGGACGGCACAGGCCUUCCUGCGUGUUUCCGAUGAUGGCAAGUGUGUCCAACAAUUUAACAACCGUAUCCGACAAGUCCUGAUGAGUUCCGGAUCCACGACGUUCUCCAAGAUCGUCAACAAGUGGAAUACGGCGCUUAUAGGUCUAAUGACUUAUUACCGGGAGGCCGUCAUUCACACCAAUGAGCUCCUAGAUGCGCUCGUCAAGUCCGAGAAUAAGAUUCAAACUCGUGUCAAGAUCGGUUUGAACAGUAAGAUGCCCUCUCGCUUCCCACCAGUCGUCUUCUACACUCCGAAGGAAUUGGGUGGCUUGGGCAUGCUCUCGAUGGGCCACGUGCUCAUUCCCCAGAGUGACCUACGGUGGUCGAAACAGACAGACGUUGGAGUCACCCAUUUCCGCGCUGGUAUGACGCAUGAGGAAGAUCAGCUGAUCCCUAACCUUUACCGGUACUUGCAACCUUGGGAAGCAGAAUUCUUGGACUCUGCUCGUGUCUGGUCCGAGUAUUCGAUGAAGAGAAAAGAAGCGAACGCUCAAAAUCGCCGGUUGACAUUGGAAGAUCUCGAGGAUAGCUGGGACCGUGGUAUACCUCGUAUCAAUACUCUCUUCCAGAAGGAUCGUCACACUCUUGCAUAUGACCGCGGUUGGCGUGUACGAACGGAUUGGAAACAGUAUCAGUUGCUCAAACACAAUCCUUUCUGGUGGACGUCGCAACGCCAUGAUGGUAAACUGUGGCAAUUGAACAACUAUCGUGUUGAUGUCAUUGCAGCACUGGGUGGUGUCGAAGGAAUCUUGGAGCACACACUCUUCAAGGGGACGUAUUUCCCGACCUGGGAGGGUCUGUUCUGGGAGAAAGCAUCUGGCUUUGAGGAAUCUAUGCGAUACAAGAAGCUCACGAAUGCACAGCGAUCUGGUCUCAAUCAGAUCCCUAAUCGUCGUUUCACAUUGUGGUGGAGUCCUACAAUCAAUCGCGCCAAUGUCUAUGUCGGUUUCCAGGUGCAAUUGGAUCUAACUGGUAUCUUUAUGCACGGUAAAAUCCCGACCUUGAAGAUCAGUUUGAUUCAAAUCUUCCGUGCUCAUUUGUGGCAGAAGAUUCACGAGAGUGUUGUCAUGGAUCUAUGUCAAGUGUUCGAUCAAGAGUUAGAGCCGCUUCAAAUUGAAACGGUGCAGAAGGAAACGAUUCACCCUCGAAAGAGUUACAAGAUGAAUUCGUCGUGUGCGGAUAUCCUCUUGUUCUCUGCGUACAAGUGGAACAUAUCUCGACCCUCUCUCGCUACGGAUAACAAAGAUGUCAUGGAUGGCACCACCAGCAACAAGUAUUGGAUUGAUGUCCAAUUGAGGUGGGGUGAUUUCGACACACACGAUAUUGAGCGAUACACUCGUGCCAAGUUCUUGGAUUAUGCAAGUGUUUCUGAUUCGAUGAGUAUCUACCCUUCGCCAACUGGUGUCAUGAUUGGCAUAGAUCUCGCAUACAAUCUGUGGUCUGCAUACGGUAACUGGUUCCCUGGGAUGAAGCCCCUUGUUCAGCAAGCAAUGGCGAAGAUCAUGAAAGCGAACCCGGCUUGUCAUGUUCUACGUGAGCGCAUACGGAAGGGUUUGCAGUUGUAUUCUUCAGAGCCUACGGAACCGUAUCUAAACAGCCAGAAUUACUCAGAGUUGUUCUCGAACCAAAUCAUCUGGUUUGUUGAUGACACUAAUGUCUACCGUGUGACUAUCCACAAGACAUUUGAGGGGAAUUUGACAACGAAGCCCAUCAACGGUGCCAUCUUCAUCUUCAACCCCCGCUCUGGUCAGCUAUUCCUCAAGAUCAUUCACACCAGUGUAUGGGCGGGUCAGAAGCGUUUGGGUCAACUUGCCAAGUGGAAGACGGCAGAAGAAGUUGCUGCUUUGGUCAGAUCAUUACCCGUUGAAGAACAGCCGAAGCAAGUCAUCGUGACCCGCAAGGGAAUGUUGGAUCCCCUCGAGGUGCACUUGUUGGACUUCCCCAACAUCGUCAUCAAAGGUAGUGAGCUCCAGUUACCGUUCCAAGCCUGCAUGAAGAUGGAGAAGUUCGGUGAUCUCAUCCUGCGUGCUACACAACCCCAGAUGGUGCUGUUCAGUCUUUACGAUGACUGGCUCAAGUCUAUCUCGAGCUACACUGCAUUUUCACGGUUGAUCCUUCUUCUCCGUGGUCUACAUGUGAACAAUGAGAAGGCGAAGAUCAUCCUUCACCCAGACAAGAAUACUAUCACGGAGCCUCACUUUGUGUGGCCGUCGCUGUCUGACGAGGAGUGGAUCAAGGUUGAGGUGGCUAUGAAGGAUCUGAUUCUAGCGGAUUUCGGAAAGCGGAAUAGCGUCAACAUUGCCUCUUUGACAGCAAGUGAAAUCCGGGACAUCAUUCUUGGUCAGGAGAUCGCAGCCCCAUCCGUUCAGCGUCAGCAGAUGGCUGAGUUGGAGAAGAGCACCGAAGCCCAGAGUCAGGUUACAGCCGUUCAGACACAAACCACCAACAUCCAUGGUGAUACGAUCCAAACUGUUACAACCACCAAUUACGAGCAGCAGGUCUUCAGCAGUAAAUCUGACUGGCGUGUGCGUGCCAUUUCGGCAACACAUCUCUCUCUUCGAUUGCAACACAUAUAUGUCUCCAACGACGAUGUCAAGGACGAUGCCGCUUCGUUCACAUACGUCCUUCCAAGAAAUAUCCUUCGUGCGUUUAUCAUAGCAGCAGACCUCCGAACACAAGUGGCUGCGUUCUUGUAUGGUACUUCUCCGCCAGAUAACAAACAAGUCAAAGAGAUCAAGGCCGUCGCUUGGGUGCCACAACGAGGCAACAAUAACUCUGUGGAGCUGCCUUCACAACUCCCUAAAGACGACUAUCUCUUGAAGGACUUGGAGCCGCUCGGGUGGAUCAAGACCCAAGCCCUUGAGCUCUCUCACCUGUCGCCAACGGAUAUCACAUCCCAGGCGAAGUUGAUGGCGGACCAUCCCGAGUGGGGCACUUCGUCAAUAUGCAUCACGGCAGCGUUCACUCCAGGAUCGGUAUCUCUGUCGGCGCAUUCCUUGUCAGUUGCUGGCUUCGAGUGGGGAAGGAAGAACCAGGACACGUCGCCGAACCCUCCGGGUUUCAAUCCCAACAUGUCCGAGCGCGUGCAGCUGCUCCUAUCCGAGCGUAUCCUCGGGAUGACGCUGGUCCCCGAGGGCCGGGUAUGGAACUACGGCAUCGGCUUGACACAGCUGUGGUCUCCCAACCUUGGCUACUCGAUGACGCUCGACACGCCUCUGCUCUUCUGGGCCGAGGAGCACCGUCCGGCUGCGUUCUUGACCUUCGCGAACCUCGAGACGGGCGACGACAGCGCGGAUGUUGAAAAUAGCUUUGCGUGA